CUCGACAGAAACAACCAUGUCUAUCUACCAAGUUCCAACAGGCAUUCUGGAAAAAAUCUUUGGCUUGGCAUGUACUGAUUUGGUGCCGAUGCGCAGCAACUUCUAUGGAUUGCGCGACUUCAUUAGCCUCUACAACACCCACAGAGACAUCAGGCCACUACUGCCUAGGCCACCUAGACAGGUAGUUGUAUUCGAACACCGCUCUGCCCUGUCAUGCAACGGACGCGGUUGCCAUGCGUCCCCUUGGCGCACCAGUGCUAAUUGGCUCAUCAGCCAUGGAUUUACUGACGAGGUAACCCAGAUCUUGGUUCUUAUGGAAAACAGGCGGUGUUGCUGCAGACCACCAAUUCUGAAGUUGCUUAACAUACUACGCCCAGAAUUCUUCGACUGGAGCAGUCUCCAUAACCUCCGAUUCAUUGGUCCGGGUGUCUUCCAGCGCGGCGUUGGUGUAUCUGACAGGGAUAUAGUCGAACAGGCAUCGUUUGACAGCCGCAUGUUCUCCACGCUCAUCCCUACGAUUACAUCAAUGAGUUACAGCUUGAUUCAAAGUACAGUUUCAAAUCCUGUUGAUUUUCGUAGCGCGCUUAAUCUGAAUCCGUUCUACAAGAUGCUGUACACAGCAUACGUGCCACAGCUGGUUGAGGUUCAAGAGAUACCUCCUGUUGUUCCAACACGCCCUCUCGGAAUUCUCCCACAGGUUGUUUCAGUUGAGCUUCACGAAGAACACUUGAGAACCAUCGGUGCCCUGCCAAGAUACGCUGUCAGGCAGCUGCGCAAGAUCAAUAUACUGCGCAUAAUGAAUGGCAUUCCAUGGGACUUUUUUGCUCUGACUGGUGAGCGGUCUCUUGUCUUUGAAAACGUCGAGGAGACACCCAACAGCGGGCUCGAUAUUCAGUUCCCAAGCAUCAGAUCGGUAACUGUUUCUCACUCCUGCCUGCUAUACGAGGAUGUUUACAGGCUGUUCCACAGGCGUCUGCCAAGAUCCCUAUACAUGGUGGAGGACCUUCAAGGACUCCAGUCUAUCGACCCAAGGAUAGUGGCCGGCGUAACCGAUUUAAGGGUUUUUGCCAACGUGUAUGAUGCAUUACCUGGGCGGCUGCCGCGCGACAUUAUCAAUCGGUUUUUCCGCAGCCCGUCAAUUGUCACGAGAGCCACGCUAACUGACUUCCAGAACUCAUCAGAUGCCUCCCUCUCUUACGCCAUCUCCGCAUCCUCCACCAGAACUACUAAAGCAGCAAGAGCACGCGAAUACACAUGGCAUCUUGAAGAUGAAGAAAGGAGCACAGCAUCAGGCAGCAGGCAGAAUAUCCAUAGACCACAAGCAUCAUUGAGUAGGCUGCCAGCUAUCGCGCCAAGACCUGCCAAUGGCGAACCACAAGCGAGCACUUCAUUUGUCUCCAGAGAUACCUCCAGGAUCGGUGUGGUCUCGGCAAGCAUGCAGCAAAUUAUUGCCCCGCUUCCACUACCACCUCCUAACCCAGAUCCGCCUGUGGAUGUCCAAGUCUUGCCACCUCUCAGUAGACAACUGAGAUGCCUUGACAUCGCAAUACCUAGCAAUUUUGUUGUUGAGGUCCUCGAGAACAUCAUUCCACGACUGCCUUGCUUAGAACGCAUCACAGCGAGACGGACGCAGGCAGAUGCCAUUCGGCCAUUUGCUAGACAGCACAUCAAGGGGAUAUAUGUGAGAAGGUUUGCGGACCAAUCUGGAGACAACUAACAACUCUUCC